AGAGAAGAGAACUGUGAAAGAUUGGGAAGGCUUGGAAAUGUCCAAAUCUAAAUCAAUGUUAUUUAUUGUUGAAUAAAAAAAUUGGAGGUUUGUGUUUAUUUGGUUGUCUUUUUUUUUUUUUUUUUUUUAAAUUUGGUUAGUUGGCAAGAAGAGACUUUUCUCAAACACUCGUUCUUUCUGUCUUUCUCUUUCUUUGUCUCUGUCGCUGAGUUUAAUUUUUUUUAUUCUCAAGAUAUGUAAUUCCUUCUUCUCCCAAAAUCCCAUAAACCAAACAGCCAAUGCUGAAACAAAAGUUGAAAUCUAACCAGUCUCCUCUGAGAUAUCGAUGACAAUAGCAGAAGUAGUUGACAAGUUUCGCAACUCGCAUGGAGAUCAACUACGCAGUCACUUUUCCAGAGCUAUAAUGAAGAGAUGGGCUUCGGUUACUGCCUUCAUCUUCUUCAUCCUCCUGCUCGCGGGUGCCUUCUUUUUCAGGGUUGAUGUUUCUGUCAUCGGUGAGAAUUUUCUAAGCACUGAUGGAAGUACCACUCAGAACAUAUAUACUAAUGAAAGUUCUGCUCACAAUGCCUCCCCUGUCAAGUGCGCCGAUCAAAGCACGUGCAAAGUCAAUGAUACGGUGCGCGCAUUUGACGGUCCUGAAUAUCAAUUGUCGGAUGCUGCAUGCCCAGACUAUUUCCGGUGGAUCCACGAAGAUCUACGGCCAUGGGCGAGUACGGGAAUCUCGAGGGACACUGUGGAAAGUGCUAAAAGAUUUGCAACUUUCAGACUAGUGAUUGUCGAUGGGAAGGCGUACGUGGAGAGAUAUUAUCAUUCUUUUCAAACAAGAGAUUUGUUUACGAUAUGGGGUAUUGUGCAGCUUCUGAGGUUGUACCCUGGCAGGGUACCGGACGUAGAGCUUAUGUUUCAAUGUGGCGACUUGCCUGAGAUUCAAAAAGGUGACUAUCAAGGACCCGGUGCCACUCUGCCUCCUCCUGCACUCUUCCAAUAUUCUGGAAAUGAGACAGCAUUUGCCGUCACCUUCCCUGAUUGGUCCUUUUGGGGUUGGGUUGAGGUGGACAUAAAACCAUGGAAAAGCAUGCUAGAGGGAAUAACAAAAGGCAGCCAGAGGAAGAAUUGGACAGAUAGGGUACCCUAUGCCUACUGGAGAGGAAACUCGCACGUCAGCCGUGAUCGAAAAGAUCUUCUGAAAUGCAAGUCCUCAAUCUUCAGUCAUGAUUGGAAUGCUCGCCUCUAUUCUCAGGAUUGGGGAAAAGAAACACAUAACGGAUUUAAGCAUUCACAUUUAGAAGACCAAUGCACCCACAGGUACAAAAUUUAUAUAGAAGGAAGGGCAUGGUCAGUAAGUGACAAGUACAUAUUAGCAUGUGAUUCCAUGACCUUGCUCAUAAAGCCUGAUUACUAUGAUUUCUUCAUGAGAAGCAUGAUACCAAUGCAACACUACUGGCCCAUUAGGAAGACAAACAAGUGCAGAGAUAUCAAGUUUGCAGUCGACUGGGGCAAUAAUCACGCUGAUAAGGCAGAGACUAUUGGGAAAGGAGGAAGCGCAUUUAUUCACGACAAUCUGAAAAUGGAAUACGUGUAUGGCUACAUGCUUCAUUUGUUCAGAGAGUACGCAAAACUGAUGAAAUUCAAACCAGAAAUACCUCAAGGAGGGGUUGAGGUAUGUGCAGAAUCAAUGGCGUGCUCUGAGGGCGGUUUAAUAAGAGAAUUCAUGGAGUCGUCCAUGGAAAUCUCUCCAAGUAGUACACUUCCAUGUGCUAUGCCUCCUUAUGAUCCUGCUUUUCUCCAAGACUUUUCUGAGAGGAAGGAAAAUAUCACAAGACAAGUUGUGAUGUGGGAGAAUGAGUAUUGGGAAAACAAGAAGAAAAAGACCAAAACAUUCUUCUUGAAGAGGAGCGGAGCAUAUAAAUUAGCUACGACUGUCUUCUUCCAUACAUUUGUUAUUUCUCUUACGUUCUUCAAGAUUCUAAACUAGUUGGAAAGUGAUAUGGAAAACUUGAGAUUAUACACAGUUCAGAAAAGGAAAAAAAGGAAAAAGUUACAGGUUCAAAGUGCACUUCUGUGUCCAUCUCUGACUUAUACAAAGUGAUAAAUGGGGAAACAAAAAGACAAAAAAGGAGAAGUCAAAAUUGCAAUGCAUACUGAAUUCAGUUCAAUCUAGUUGAAGGUGAGUAUAUAUGGAGAAACUUCAGAAUGUAUAUCAAACAAAGGACCUGUUUACAGUAUUGUAAGCGCGAAGGUGAAUUGGGAGUUCUUUUCCCUGAUUGGAGUAUUCGGGGCUGGUUCACAGCUAAAAACUCCACUGGAUUCUAAAUUAGUAAUUAUUAAUUUGUUAGCCUGAUUAGAAAAUUAUCUAGAUUAGGUAUUUAUAUGCUAACACAAUUAGAAGAUUGUCCUGAUCAUCAUUAGCUUAAAUUAGAGAACUUAACAGUAUAAUCAUAGAAUAGCAAAUCAUGUAAACAAUAGUAAUUUGUACUAUUUUAGUAGAUGUCCUCAUUUAUAUGCAUACCCUUAUAUUCUUGUGUUCUA